AUGGACGGUCACGCUCCUCCUUCAUACUCCGGUCCCACCCAACACCCGACCACUCCUUUUGGCGAUGCAACCCAAUACCCGCCUCGCGGAACCUCACGCCCACCAACAUUCCAGAACGGGUUGACCUUCUCUCAGCCGUCGCCGUCUCUUUUCGCAUUCCCGCGGUCGAGCCCGCCGCUCGGAUAUUCUCCUUCAGCAAUGGUGGCCAACAAAGGAACGGCACGCCCUCCCCUUCCGAUGCGUAACUCCUCCGCGGAAGGCUCAGGCGGUGGUAUGCCGGGGUCUGUCCUCCCAGGGACGCCGUUGAGGCCUUCCUCGUCGUCGCUCCGCUAUUCUCCGCCAUCACCCGUGGUGAACAAAGAUGCGACGGAGGUCUCUCCGAUUCCGUACUUGAUGGGGGUCGGUAGUGGUCUGCCGCCGAGGAUGGAUGAUGAUAAUUUCAUAUCAACGUUGAAUUCACUGUUGGCUGGGAACAAUCCUUCAAGUGGCACCUACCCGAAGCCAGUGGAGAUGCCUGUUGGCCUGAGAAGCCAAAAGAAAAGUGUUGGGAAUAAGAGAAGAGCAGGCAAAGAAAUAGCUGGUGUUUCACUUGAUAGUAGUUUUAAUGGGGUGUCCAAUGUCAAUGACGCACCUCCACCUCCUCCUCAGGGUGUUUCCUUUAAUGUGGGGAACGAUAAUGCUGCUUACGGAGGCGGGUUUCCUGCAGAUCAAGUGAACAUGAUUGCCUCCAAUGACGAACUCAAAAAAAAUGCUUACGGAGGCGGGUUUCCUGCAGAUCAAGUGAAUAUGAUUUCCUUCAAUGACGAACUAAAGAAAAAGGCAGAAACUGAGCGUAAUAAGCGUCAGAAAAGAUCCUUGGCAAACCGGGAAUCAGCUGCACGCUCAAAGCAAAGGAAGGAACUGUGUAUUUCCAACUUGAGAGCCAAUUUCGAACGUGAGAAGGUGAGACAUAUACAUAUGAUCACAUGUACAAUAUAUAUAUAUAUAUAUAUAGUCACGUUAGCAACCAUCCUACUUGUCAUUAGAACGAGUUUUAGAGAAAGAAUGGCGGCUGUUGACGAGUGCGCGCGAAUGAGGAUUCGUCUUGAAGGAAGGGAUGAUCUGGCACGACUUUGUGAUGACUCGAAAGCCUUGAAUGUACACUUGACUGGAGAAUUGCAUCGUCUAACCGAAGAGGCGAGUCAGCAAAGAGAAGAGGCAAAUCGGCAAAGAGAAGAGGCAAAUGGGCAAAGAGAAGAGGCAAAUCGGCAAAGAGAAGAGGCGCGUAAACUAAGAGAAGAGUUGAACGAAUACCGCAGGAGAGGGAAAGUGAGCGUAUGA